AUGAAUUUGAUUGAAUACUUUAUUUCUUGCGAAAUAUUUAAGGAACUCUUAGAAUGUGUUCAGUAUUUACAUGAAUUGGAUCCACAUAUUAUUCACAGAGACCUCAAACCCGACAAUAUAUUGAUCGCCGAAAACGCAAGAGAGGGUCGAUUCGUGAAGUUAUGUGAUUUCGGUUUGGCUGCACUUCAUAAUCACCUCAAUCCUAAUCACACGGGUGGUGUGGGUACUCUUAGAUACAUGGCACCUGAAGUUAGGAUUAGUAACAUGAAAUACACUAAUAAAUGCGACAUUUAUAGUCUGGGAAUUACCACGUAUGAAUUAUUCAGUUUGGAGUAUAAAAUUGGCAAUAAUUUAAAACAUCUCGAAAUGAAUGAAGAAAUAACAAAAAUGGAGAUAAUAUUGGACUCCAUGUGUGAGGUCCAGCCCUAUAAAAGGCCCGAUUGUUCACAUGCUAAAUUAAAUUUACCUGAAAUUGAGAACACCUAUUUUAGUUCAUUUGAUGAAUUAGAAUUCAUUGGUAAAGGAUUAUAUGGAUACGUGUACAAAGUGCGAAAUAAAAGCACCAAUGACAUAUAUGCCAUUAAAAUGAUUGAACUGACAGGUUUAAAUUAUGAUAAAACGCAACAACUACUUAAUGAGCUUGGCAAAUUAAAACAAAUGACCUCGGAUUAUGUAAUAGAAAUCCAUGACUUAUGGUUGGAGUCCAAAAUCAUUUACAUACGAAUUAAGUAUUUUGAGCUAAAUCUUAGAGAAUUUAUUCAUCAAAACCAACUGAAAUACGGUCGACAACCGGGUCAUGUCAUGGAUUGUGUCGAGUAUUUCAUUUCAUGUAUCUAUUUCAAACAAAUCUUAGAAAGUGUUCAAUAUUUACAUGAAUUGAAUCCACAGAUCAUUCAUAAGAAUCUAAAACCUGAGAGUUUUUUAUUCUAUAAUAAACCCGGUCACAAACCAGGUUUUAAAAUUAGCGAUUUUUACAUAAAUUGCACCAUGAUGAAAAAUAGAAAUGAUAAUUCAAAGAUAUAUAUGUCACCUGAAUUACUAUCUGAAUGUAACAAUAUAACAUUUCAAACGGAUAUCUAUAGCUUAGGUGAAUCACCAACGUUAAAAUUUGAUAAAUCUCUUUCAAUAAAUAUUCGUGAGCUAAGUAAAAUUAUACUGCUCAUGUCCUAUUUAUGCUAUGAGACCGUCAUGUAG